UUCUUGAAUCAGAAACAGCAAAAAUUAUUAAAUAAUCCCUCACAUGUCCACAAAUUCUAAAUUAUAAUACUGGAUUAUCUCCAGCAGGGCCCACUAAUCUGGCCUCCUCUUACCACAAAACUCCCCAAAAACAUCAGUGUAGUCUAGCUAGUAGGUGUGAUAAGAUAUUGUGACCCUCACUAACAUUAAUGACUUCUCCAGCUCAUUACUGAGUCUUAACAAAUCCACUUCCACUAAAGUUUCCCCCUUUUCCUUUUUGGUCACAUUCACAACCUCCCCAAAUUCCCACUUUUCACACACUAUAUAGUUCAAGAAUUUCCAAGAAAACUAGUCAUGCUGAAACUAGCUCAAAUCAUGAAAACCCUUUUCAUUUUACUGGUUUUCUUGCAUACCCUUUUGAUUUCUUGUCAUGGGGUUUCAGUCUUGGAGCUCAAUUCACUGAAAUCAAGUGAGUUUGAGGUAAUGGCUAAGAGGGCUUGUGGUAGAAAAGUAGGGGAGUGUUCAGAGCUGGCUGGUGAUGAGGAACUGAUGGAUUCAGAAAGCAAUAGGAGAGUGUUGAUGAUGGGGAAGAGAUACAUAAGUUAUGAGACUUUGAAGAGAGAUUUGGUGCCUUGUGGUACACCAGGGUCUUCUUAUUACAAUUGCAGAAGUGCUGGAGUGGCUAAUCCUUAUAAUAGAGGCUGUGAGGUCAUUACUAGGUGUGCUAGAAACUCUGUUGGAUCUUGAUGAAGUAAAGGGAUGUGACAUUGUAAUGGUGCACUGAGACUUGGUAAAGUUCUCUCCUUUUUGCUUUUUUAACUAUGUUGUAAUAUAUCAUGUAUGGAAAAUUGGAAAUGUAUCCUUGUUAUGUAUAAUGUGAUUCGGGCUUAAUUGUCGAAGAAAUUAAUGGUUUCCCUUCGAGUCCAUUAUACAUUGUUAAUGUUUUUUAAGAAUAAAACCUUAUAUAUAUU